AAAUAUUAUAUGACAAUGAAAGGUUGUAAUUAUGAAAAAUAUUGUCUGACAGUGAAACAAGUUAUGAGCCGUAGGAAAAACAGAAACCCCGACACACCGGGCAGAGGACUGUAAACACUAAACAUGGCCGCGCUGUCUACACUGUGCUCCACCGGUGUAGCACGAUCACAAUUGCUAAGAUGGGCUGCUACCAGCUUCCACACAAGUGCAGCCCUUGAGGCAGCCAGGAAAGGGACACGAGCUAAAGCAGAGGCCAAGAAGAAGGCUUCAAAAAAAGAGACAGUAAAGAGAGAAUUUAUUCCUCUAAAGAAGCGGCUAGAACUGAAGCAGACGGGAGGUGCAUUUCCACAACGUGUUGAAGAUCACCUAAAGAAUCCAAGUGACAAUGUUUGGUUUGCAAGGUUCUACAAGCAACAGGUGUACACUGUGGAGCAGGCUGUUGCCAUGCACCGGGAGACUCACCACCCAACACAACUUGAUCUCCCUGAUGCCCUUCUGCACACAGAAAUUGAGCUAAACAUGUCAACAGAUAAGACGAACCGGUUUAUUGAUGAUUUCUACAAUGUGCUUCGUCUGCCACAUGACUUCAACACUGAGCAAGAGAGAACAGUCCUAGUUGUGGCACGCAGUGAGGACGUGCAAGAGAAAGCAAUACAGAUGGGAGCAACACAUGCAGCAGGCCAUGAAAUUAUCAAACAAGCUCAGACUGGUGAAAUCAACCUAAGGGAGUAUGACCAUUUCAUCGCCGAGACUGAUAUUCUUCCAGACUUUGUUGCUGUACGGGGCUUGAUAAGAAAAAGAUUUCCUUCAGUCAGGAAUGGUACUGCUGGCAUUGAUGUCUUGGCAUUACUUGAGCGCUUCACCAAAGGCAUUGAAUACCACACUGCAAAAGACAAGUAUCAUCAUGAUUAUGCAACAAUCAGAGUACCUUUUGGUCGGCUUAACAUGCCCAGUGAACAACUUGAAGAGAACCUAUCAGCUCUUCUGAAGGAUGUUGAUAAACAGAAACCAAACAAGAAAUCAAAUGACCUUAUUACCAGGGCCAUAAUAUUAUGUCCACCAGUGAAGAGGUAUUUCAAGAUUAAUCACGGACUUUACCUUCAGUCUGAGAAGCCCAUUAAAGUUGCUGCAGCAGUUUAAACUUUAAUUUUUUUUUUUUUUUUUUACACCUGUAUCAUAGUAAUUUACUGUUGUUAUAGUGCAUAAUUUCCUCAAGAAUGAUCUUCCUC